AUGGCGAGCGCCAGCAAAACCUUACAAAUUGGAAUCAUGAUGGACACUGUCCAGCUCAUUGAUUUGAUCGGGGCCGAUAUCCUGGCUAGGAUGCGCUUUGAGACGAUUCAAGCCGCAGCUAUUUUUUCGCCGCAAGUAAAGAAGCUCCUACCCCAUGCGCCCGCCUUGAAGCUUCACUUCCUCUCCACCACCUUGAAGCCGACCGUCAUGACCACGGGCCUCACCUACUCCCCAAACAUGACCUACGACCAGUGUCCCCGCGACCUCGACAUCGUGAUCGUCGGCGGAUCGUCCAAGAACCAUCGCCCCGCUGCUGCCGACAAGUUCAUGAAGGAAGCCUGGAAGAAGACCCCCGUUUGGUUGACAGUUUCUACUGGAAGCAUGUGGCUGGCGAGCUCGGGUGUGCUCAAUGGCAUCGAGGCGACCACCAACAGGCCAUUCCAUGCUUCUGCCAAGGAAACCCAUGACAAGGUCAAAUGGGUUGAUAAGCGCUGGGUGAGCUCACCCAAGCCGUACGAGGGUAAAUCCUCCCUUAAGCCAGCCGUGUGGACGGCUGGUGGUGGAGGAUGCGGCAUUGAUAUGGUCGUCAGUUUCUGCCAUGCAAACUUCAACCCCGAGUUGGUGAAUUUUGCAAUUAUAGAGAAUAUGGGGUAUGAGCCUGGUCCGCAGGAUUAUUAG